AUGCGCGUCGUAGCUGCCCUGCUCUGCGUUGUGUCACAGCAGGCCUGGAUGGUGAACGCCAACGUCGAGAAGACAAUUUUCCUCGGUCCCAGCGCUGUGACGCUGCCUGAUAUCCGCCCCAGCUUAGAAGACUUGCGCCUGCACUCGCUAUCGAACCUUGAACCUAUCCUGCCCACCCAGCUUCCGGUGCAGUUCCCCUCGCACACGAACCCCCACGGCAUCGAGUCCUGGUACCUUCUGAGUGGCCUAGAAGAGGGCCGAAGAUACGAGGUUCGCAUAUGCUGGCCAGCGACUUCACCAACAGACUUCUGGCUCGACACCUACUCAAUCGCACAAGUCUUCGAUACCCCAAACCUCAUAUCAUCUCUCGCAAGCUACAGUGAACAAUUGGCUGAGCCGCAUCUCAAGAGUAGCUUGGACACGCAGAGAACGCUGAAAGAAGCCCAAUCAAUACUGUUCUUGAGAGUCCAGGCAGCAGCGUCGUAUUACUCGACUAACCGCUCGUUGAUGGAACGUCCGCCACUAGUCGAUGUAGAUAUCAUUCUCGACCCCUUUCUCCUGAACGUCCUGCCUCGCUCUUUGGUACCGGUCGCUAUAUACAUCACAGCUGUUGCUGUUGCAGCCUGGUUCAUCUCAGGCUACCUUUAUCGCUGGCUGCUCUCGGUCGUUGAGGAACCUCGCGAGAAGCCACAUGCAGACUAA